UGCCAAGCAAUGCGCAUACUCCAGUUUCUCUCCCACAGAAACAAGAAGGUCGCAACUCUAGCCCCGAAGUAAAAAGGCAAAAUCAUGUUCGGACAAGCUGUUAGGCGGUUCACAACGUCUGCUGUUCGUGCUUCACACUAUGGCGAAGGACCAGGACAGAACCUUCCGUUUUCCGUGGAGAACAAGUGGCGUCUGCUGGGCAUGAUGGUGGUGUUCUUCGGCAGCGGCUUUGCAUUCCCCUUCAUCGUCGUCAGACAUCAGCUCCUGAAGAAGUAAAAUGUCAUCUGAGGUCGUCAGCAGGAACAUAUUUAAUCAUCAGAUGUUUGCGGAACAAUGGGGAUCUGUUAGCAGUCUUUGUAAAUAAAAGUACCUCAACUAUG